UUCCCGCCACGGCCGCCAUCAACCUCAGUAUUAACACAUAUUGUAAACUCAUUUUGUGAGGCGUUGGAACCAGACAAUGUUAUGGAAGAAGGAUGUGCUGUUUGCGGUUUGCUUUCAUUGACUAAAACCAUGAUACCUUUGUCUGAUGCCAAGAUCAAUAUA